AGAUCUAAGUAUAUUGCGAUCGUGCAGAUUUUGAAUGAAAUAGCUUCGUCUGUGGACGAGUUUCGACGCUGCCGGAUUUUUUCUAUCAGUCGUAAUUUUGAUUUUUUCUCAUUUGGUCACGAAGAUCAAUGUACGCCGAAAUAUAAAUUCUAUCAAUGUACGCUCAUCGACAAAUUUAAUCCAGCUAUCAAGUCCAAUUCGAUUGAAUGCAAAUGUUUUAUCAACCGAUUCAUUACAUUCUCCUAUUAAUUGAAGUAUUUCAGUGCCGCCUGAUAUAAAUUCAAAAUUGUGAUCAACACCGAAAACAUCAAAUAAUAAUGGAGACAUACGUCCUCCAUCGAUUUCUAUUACUGGUACGAGUAUCACUCGCGAUCUUGAACGAGGUGAGUCUACAUUAGAUGGUAAAGUGUUUAAAGUUCAAGUUCGUACUAAACCAUCAUGCACAAAUGAACAGAUGACAGAACUUGUAAAAUGGAAGCAUUUUGAUAAAUCGCAAGGUUUUAUCAUGAGUAUUGGCACUGUCAACAUGAAAUAUGAUACUCCGGAUGUGACUAUUGAGAAAACAGCAAACUUAAUUCGAGAAUUUAAACUCGCUUAUCCGAAUACAAAAUUAGCAUUAACAACAUUGCCACAUAUACGUGUUAGCGGUCUAAAGCCAACAAUUGAUCAAUUUAAAGCUGAUACGGAUGAAUUUAACGCACGGCUUGCGUCGCUGGCUGAUGAUUAUACUGAUGUGAUUAAAGUCCGUUAUACUGAUAAAAUGCUUUUACGUGAUGGUAUUCAUUUAAAUUCAUCUGGGACAAAGAAAUUGACUAGCUCGAUGAAUAAGUGUUUAAAACAGUGUUUUUAA